AUGCCUGCGGCCCUAUCCACCUCGAGGCCACCCUUGGUGUUAUCUGCUGCAGAUCUAGGUCAUGGUAGUUCAGGGUAUUUUAGGCCAACUCACUUGCAGCACGCGCUCCUUGGGUCUGGUCCGAGUUCUGCUGCUACUGGUGGGGUCGUGUCGGGUGCGUUUAAAGGAAUUCCCGUAUCUACGUCACACCACACGAAGGUUGGUCCUUCAACUACCAUCUCUGAUAGUAACGGCUACAAAGAUUUGAGGGAUAGAAGUAGGGAUGACACUAUUACAGUUAUUGGAGAUCGAAAGGUUAGAAUAUCUGAAAAUGCUUCUAUUUAUACCCUUUGCCGGUCAUGGUUGAGGAAUGGUUUUCCAGAAGAAACUCAGCCUCAGCACCCAGACGUCAUAAAGUGUCUUCCCAGACCUCUGCCAGUAGCUUCGCAACAUUCAGAUUCUCCUGGGAGGAAGGAUGGUGAUAAAGAAGAGGAAGAAAAGGACGUGGAGUCUGUUGAGGAUAUAUCUACAAAAGACCUUUUGCAAAGACAUAUCAAGCGGGCUAAGAGGGUUAGGUCACGGUAA